UACUAUUCCAGAUAAAGUUUUAUAUGGGAUUCUUCUCUGAUCUAUUUAAGCGAAAAACGCCCUGCCUUCAAAGCAAGAACUCUUUUGUCCCCGAAUACCCAAUCAGCCCCAAGAUAGACGGACAUGUGGAGACAAACGGAAAUGUGGAGACGGAUGGCUCAAGUGCUGUUCCUAGUAUGGAAGGUUUCGUCUCCGAAGUAAAGGGUCUGAUUGAUGAGAGAAAUAAGAAGCUUGAUAGAUUGAAAUACAUGGAGAUCUUUGUUCUGGACAAUUCGCUGAGAGAAACUACUGUAGCGUCGGUUAGAGCACACACAGUGGAAAGUAAACGAGCUAUCUUUGAGGAAAUCAAGAAAUGCGGGUUCAAAUACUACAUCAUCGAAAGUUUUUCAGCUGAGACUAGAAUUGGUGACCUCUUCCUCGAAGAGCUCAUCGCAGCCAAAGAAGACCUCUCGGGAGCAUUUGCUUUCUCUGAGAUGUGGGAUAAAGUUGUAGAUUGGGUGCCACUGCCAGACAUUCCGAUUGGUCUUCAAAAAUGUAAAAAAUAUGGAAUAAACAACGUCAUGAUCGAGUUUGACCUUAUGUACCACAAAAUUGACUACACAAAAUUUAACAUGAACGAAGUCUGCAAAUUCAUCAAAGAGAAAAUUGAUUGGAUCCGGGCCAAUUUAUCACCAGACUCCAUGAUAUUUGUGAAUUUCAGAGAUUUCAGCAACACAAUGACUCAUAGACCUGACAGAAUCUGGCAUGUGUUGAACUACCUAGCUACCCUACCUGCAAAUGAGAGGGUAACUGGUAUUGCUUACGAAGACAUGGGUAAAACCUUAAUGGAUCACUUAGCUGCCUGGACCAAAGCAGUGCGAAACGAAAUGGACAGAUGUGGAUGGCAGGACGGACAGUUCAUAUUCCACGUUCAUGAACAGUGGGGUAUGAUGCACGCUACCAACCUAGAGUGUCUCGCUAGUGGAGCUACAGGGGUGUGGUGUGGGGUGUGCACUGAGGGAGCAGCACUGGGACAUGCUGAUUCUUGUACCACGCUCAUGAACAUGAUCAGGCUGGGUAACCAAGCAGUUCAGAAACAAUUCAAUUGCAAGUAUCUCAGAGAAGCAGCUAUAAAGGUGACCGAGAUAGCGAGUGGUGACAGCCCUGAUCCGAGGAAGCCUAUCUACGGAGACAGAGCGCUGGACAUGCUGUUUGGGGGUGUCUUUGCAGCGAUGGAUGAUGAUCCCACUAUAUGUGAAGGGUUCGACAUGGCAGAAUUCCUGGGGGUGAAACGAGUUGUGAGGAUCACAACCAUGGCAUCAGGUGAAAUGAUAAUCCUGAAGAUGAAAGAGCUGUUUGAAGAUGACCCUCAGUUUACGGAAGAACUGGGCGAUUUGAUGAGAACACAAAUUUUAGAAAAUGCGAAAGAAGGUCGACGGGAGGAGUACAACAGUGAAGUUGGUUUAGCGAUGUUGUUUGAUCAGUCGGGAGGUAAGCUGACCCCAGCUAUGGCUGCAGCUAUUGAGAAGUCCAACGAUAACGGGCCUCACAUUGACAAUCUCAUAGAGGAGAUAAAGGAGGAAUGGGACAAGUGGGAUGGGAGAGAAGGAGUGGCUGACAACCAUCUUACUUUCGACCACUUCUACAUCGGGUUCAUGGCUCCUUACUUUGGGUGUUAUCGGUGUGCGGACAGUCAGCUGGGAUUAAAGGCACUUGAUAUGGAUAACGAUGGAAUGAUAGAUUGGCCUGAGUUUAAGUUUUAUCUAGUUUGGGCCGGGAGACAGUAUCCUAAUGUUGAGACUAGUAAUCAGUUGCUGGAUAAAGCGUUUAGAUUCGGUCUCAUACCUGCAAUGAAGGAUGAGUGUGAUAAGAUUCGGGGCAAAAAAUGCACAUGAUUUGAUUGGAAAUAUUAGCGUAGAUUGAUUUGAAACAUUUCUCAAUGAGCCAAAGGUUGUAAUUUAUAAUAAUAGUAUUACGAGCUUCUUAUUUAAAACUAUUAUUGCACUAGUGAAAUAUACCAGGUGCAAAAUUCCUGAUUUAACUGAUCCAAGAUUUAAUGAUUCUAGAAACUCCCUGUAUCGUUAUAAAUCGUUAGGAACCCCGGAAAUAACCUAAUCAAUACUUUUUAUUUGAUUGGAAUCAGUAGUAGCGCUGUAAUGUGUAUUAUGAAUUUAUUAAAUUGUAAAAUUGUAGUGAUAUACCGUAACUUGCUUUGAUUUUUGUGAUAACUACUUUAUUUAUAAGAAUUGCCGAUGCUUCGAGCACUUUCCUACA